AUGCAACGAAUUACCAGCAGCAAGAGGGGACUCAAUGAAGAGGACCUGAUCCGACUAGUGCAGGCUCUGAUUAUGCUGGCACGCAGUCGUCGCUGGCUACCGCUCGUCGCCGCCCUCGCCUCCGGAAUCGUGGCGCUCUGCGCUCAACCUGGCGGUACUGCCGGCGGUGCCUCGUCCACCUCGACGUCUUCGGUCAGGUCUUCUCCGGACGGCGAGGGCCGGGAGGUGACGACGGGACACCCUCGGGGCUACUACGCCUUCCAGAAGGCCCGGCGGCCCCAGGACCGCCCUCCGCGGGUGCGCAAGCCGCCCUACCACCGGGCGAACGUUCACUGUCCCGAGCGUGUGGUGUACGGUCGCUUCUCGCCGCGAGACACCCUCUGCGGAGAUCUAAACAAAGGGUUCAUCCCGCUCAACCCCAUGGGCCAGAGACCACAGGGAGAACCGUACCCAUUUGAGGUCAUCAAGAAGAAGACCCUGGCGUUCCUGUCGGGCACGCUGCCGCUACUUCGCAAGGACCCAAACCUGCCCAAGGUGGCCAGGUUCGCUGGGAGGCCACCGCCGGGAUUCGCGGGCAACCUGUUCGCCGUGCCACCUGGACACGUGUUCGACUACUACCACAGGAGGCGUGGUCGAAGGUCACUGGCAGCUUCUAACUUCACCCAAAUGACUGACAUCCCGCAUCAGUGGCUUCAAGACACGGAACGCGAAGCGCGGGGUCAAAGGUCGUACGAGUCGACCGUGCAAGACCUAGCGCGCAACGUCAACACAACGUUUAGGCAGCUAUGUCAGCACGGAAGUGGAACGCUGUGCACGCUCUAUUCGGCCCUAUCAACGGCCAGGGUAUCGACGGCCGUGUUGCAGACGAUACUGCAGAUGCUGACCGCCCGUACGCCCACCAUCACGGACAAGGUACAGGCGGGCGCGCCUGGCUCUUCGUCGUCGUCGUCUGGUUCCACCACUUCCGGAUCGUCGUCCUCUUCCGGCGGAAGCGGAAGCGGCACCCAGAGCAACCUGCUCAACAUGCUCACGUACGCGGCGGACAUCAUCAACGCCAUCAGUCCGGACGCCGCGGCGACGACCCCUGCGCCGCCCAUAGUCAACAGGUCGCCGCUGACGCAAGUACUUUCAGCGCUCACGGGCGCUACUGGCACGGUAUCUUCCGCGUCCAGUCCUCUGGUGACCGUCCUGGACCUGAUGACCAGUGACAGCUCGCCCAUCAAGCUGCUGGCCAACGUGUACAGCAGCACGCGCAAGAAGUCCAAGCCGUCCGACUCGGCGCAGCAGUCCAGCCUUGAGAACGACGUCGAGGGUCUGCCGCCAACGCCGUGUCCCUCGCUCGAGGAGUACGUUACGCCCACGUUCGCGCGCAACUACCAGGGCGUCUGGAAGUACGUGGUACAGAUACCGCACGAAGGGUACCUCACCCAGACCGUGCAGCAGACCAAGUGCAUGUCGAGCAGGUGCGACUUCGUCGACGGGGGCCUCUGCCACGAGUCCCCGCGCUGGGUGAGCCUGCUGGUGGCCGAGAUCUUCUACCCGCACGCCGUGUUUCCCACGAGUUCUCCGCAGCGCCGCCGAGCGCCGCAUCCAGCUGCCGCGCAGCCGCCGUCGCCGUACUAUCCUCACCCACACCCGGCGCCCUUGCUGCAGCAGCAGCAGCCGCCGCCGCCUUCGGUCGGCGACUUCCACGCGUUCCAGCAGUACUUGCACCGUCGCGUGGGCGCCGACCAGCAGCAGGCGCAGUCGGCGCAGAAACAGCGACCUCAGGAACAGAGGUUGCAGCAGCAGCAGCAGCAGUCCAAGAGGCGCAGCGACGGCUCUCCUGCGGGACCCAGGGCUGCGGCGAGGUCCCGGUCGUCGUCGUCGUCUUCGACGACGGCGACGUCGUCCAAGGACAAGUGCGACGGCUACGACCACGUCGGCUGCUACAUCGUCCGCAUGUACUACGACUGGUUCCUCGUCAACGGUUCGUGCAAGUGCUGGAAGCCCAGUGCGAAGCACGUCUUCACGGGAGGUCGCCGGUGAGACUCCGCUUGCUUGUACCAGCACCGUCCACCCUCCGGGAGCUUCCCAUCCCCACGGAAAACACCGCUUUGUGCGCGGACUCGUGACUUGGGGACCACGUGACUCAUGAGUGCCGCGACUUCACUUAUUUAUGAACACCACAUCCGCAGCUAGAUGCCGACGCAGCGUUCUGGCGUCGCCGUCCUUAUAUGGUGUCCAUCUGUGCGAGGAAUGGCGCAUUCUGAACUGCCACGCUAUACACAGGACUGUAUAGCACAAGUGCUAAGGAAGUGCUUUAGUCGCCUAAGCUUAUCUUGCCUGUUAGGCACGCGGGCACUUGCGGUUUGGUGUGUGUGUGCGUGUGUGCAACGCAUGGACGUUUAAGGCGAUAGGCAGAACACGUAACUAUCGGAGCUUAAGUAUAUGUUCUGCACAUCGCGCACAUCACCGACAUAGACCUAGACUGACCGAAAGUUGUGACCCCUGUGGUAACCUGGCAGUAUCGUGUACCCCCGUGAGGUUCUUAGUACCCCGAGAAUGCCCAUGAGUAAUAGAAGAUAAUCUAUCGUAGACUAAGCUACACCAAACGAUGGGCCAAUGGUGAAGUACGAUGGUAAAUCAUCGCGACUGUCUUAUCUUGCCCUCACAAGUGUGCUUGGAACCUGGAAGUCUUAUGUAAAGAAGGAAAUGGUAGCUUACUUCAUUGCAUGCAAUCGCUAGUAAGCUGCCAGUCGCUUGCUAUAGCUGCCCGGUAACGGACGACCUGUUGCAGUGAGUUUACUGUGGUAUACGCCUUCUUCCCAUUCUGCACGCAGUGGUGUUAGCAGCAACCUGGAGAAAAGUAGUCUUUCAGUGACUGCGAUGUGUGUUAUGGUUGACCUUUUGUCGCAUCCACGAACAUUUCUCCAAGCAAAGCAGUGCAGGGUCCGUGGUGCAUUGCACCAGAAGUGGACGAUCUCUCGGUGUGGUGAUGGGUAUUCCUUUACUGUCAAGUUUCAAACCACACCAGGUCUUAAUGGGAUCAGCGGGCGCCAUAUGCUUGAAAUCUUGAGUUUAGUGGUACGCGUUUUGUUUCAACGAUGCCUCGAUCAUGAACUUGGCAGGUGUACGAGGAUUGGCCUUGCCGGUUCUCCCCACAGAGACCCUUGCGCUCAGGUCUCUUAUCAAAUUACGGUCAUUUUCUUUUUCUUUUUUUUUACUGGGACCAUUUUAAGUUACUGGGUGUGUUCAGGAAGACUUGGGUCGUGCAAAUAUUCGAAGUUUCAAAUGCGAAUCGAACUGCCCCUGCUGAAAUUCAAGUCGUAUUCGAUCGGAGAAAUUUUGAUGUACGAAAUUGUUCGGAUAUUCGUCUGUCGCCGAAUAUUACAGGAUGAGAGUGGUCGUUCUUGGUGUUGUAAGAAUGCAAGGCAAGAAUAUGGGUGCCUGGCGCGAAACGAACAAACAGGCAACCAGACAAAAGUUCGAGACAGCCUGAAACGUGUGUUGUUAAUGCAUAUUUAAGUAGAUACUGAGCCAAUACUGAGAGGCACCGGUGUCGAAGAUAACGUGUAGAGCAGUUAUUUUUAUCGGGAGGACACCACCCGCUCGUCCACAAGAUCAACGAUCUCGAUGGUCUAAAUAAA